CAUGAACAGUGGAGAACAAUGAGACAGAAAAAAGGAGAAAAGGAUUGCCAAUGACAAUGAACCGUUAGAGUAAUAUUACAAGGAGAGGUAUACAGGUAGAGACAGCGACAGAGCUCUGUAAGGAGACAGUGAGGGACAUAGGACAAUAGCAAUUAAAGAAUGAGUGAGUUACAGAAAUAGGGGUUACAGGAGGGGGGAGCAAUGUACAUAGUACAGAAAGAGAGAGAGAAACAAUAUUGGACUGACAGAGAGAGAGAGAGAGAGAGAGAGAAAGGAGGGAGGGUUUGCAGCAAUGACAGUGAAUGGGAUAGACAGACUGCAGCAGUGACUGAGAAGGAGAAACGAUAGAGGCUGCAGCAGAGUGAAAGAGAGGGAGGGAGAGAGAGAGAGAAAGGGAGGGAGGGAUUGAUUGCAGUGGAGGGAGAAGAAAGAGUACAAGAGGAGACAGCGGCAGGAUUUGAAGAAGGAGAAUGCAGUCAUACUUCACCAUCAUACUACCAGACAUUAAGAAGAGCGCGGGCAUUCUGUGAGACUGGCAACGAGAGGGGAGAUACUGGCACUACGCUGCUAUUCGGGAAGAAUUGCUGUGCUUGUUUCAUUGAAGUAAUACUCCUUAUGAAGCUUGACAGGUCUGAGGAAUAAAGGACUUAUUAGGAGAACUACAGACAGUAACAAACCAAGAGAGCGUUCGAGAUACUGAAUCCUAGAGAAUCGUACAACAGCAACAAGAGGAGAAAGCAAAUCCUGUGAAUAGUACGACUGCUAUAGAAAAUAACCCGAAUAGGAAAGACUCUUUGAAAGAGCACCUCUACCUAUUUCAUAGUUCGGUCCCUCGUGAGACUACGAAGCCAGUCAUUGAAAGAAUAACAAGGAGUCAAGUGGAACCUGGGCUACCCCAAACAUAUCAGAGCAUGUGAUGUGUACCACUCUCUGAGAGCAAAAGCAGAGGAAUACAACAUCACAAAAUGACAUAUCUUUUCCAGCAUUACAUAUAGAUGUGACACAACAACAAACUGGAUAGUCACAGCGUGGCAUUACAAGGUGAAAUAUCAGACAUUGUAUUGGCAUUAGAUUUGACACAUUGCAUCAUAAAGUGCCAUAUCACUGCAGUGACAUUAACCAGAGUGACGCCUCGCAAAGAUCUUUCUCCGUUGCUGAACUGAGUUGUCAACACUUGUCACCAUGACGGAAAUAACAGAGAUUGACCCACAAAAUUCAGAGCACCGGUUACCGGGGACUAGCAACACCGGAGUGUGCCGGCUUCCUGAAAGCAAGGUAUCUUCAAAAGCAACAAACAUUUAUCACCAGGGUUUUUUUUCUUUAAAUCCUUUUCUGUGUCAUUUUACUAUCAACACUGUCAGACUCUUUCUCUUGAGUAUCACCAACAAACCCACCCUAUUUGAUUACCAUCAAAACCACUUCUAUCCAUACAUGUUCCAUCCGAAACAUGACAUGUAAACAUAUCUCAUAACCCAAACCAAAUCAGUCAUAAUACUAACCAUUACAGGUAUCUAAUCAAUCGAUCGAUCUAUCCAUAGACUAUUAUAUCAAUAAAAUAGAACAUGCUCUAAUUUUAUGUACUGGAAUGUGGUUCUGCGCGCAUGCAACCGAUCUUCUUUAUAGAUUCAACUUUCUCCUAUAUUACCAAAACUUUUAUUUACAACAUAUGUAGUACUCCAGUUUUCUCUCAUCUUACCAAUUUUACUAACCAACCUCCCGACACCCCAAUAUGCUUUCAAAUUACUAAUUCACAAUUGUUCUCACUAUACUGCUUCCUACUUUCAGGUUAUAAAUUCUCCACCACACCAACAUUUUUCCAUCAUAUCAAUUCUUCUACCACCAAAACAAUAUUCUAACUCUUUUUAGGUCACUAUUGCUCUACCAUUCCAACCAUGAUACAUCAUACCAAUUUUUCUACCACCCCAUAAAACUCCAACCUUCUUUCGGCUUACCAACGCUUUAUAAUUUUAUUCUUUAUACAUGCAAAUUCUCUUGCCACACUGAACAGUCAAACUUCCUUUCAUGUUGUCAGCUCUCUAUCCAUUAUUUUAUUGUUCAUACCAAUUCUCUUAGAACCCCAAACAACAUUGCAACCUUCUUUCACUGUAUCAAUUCUCCUACCAUAUUGGUACCGAUCCAGUCUCCCCUUACCUCACCAGUUUUCCUGCCACCCCAGGAACAUUCCAGCCAUCUUUACAUCUUACAUCAAACUAUAUAAUAAUGUUCUGACUUAACUCCAUUGUAAAUAUUUUUCUGCCUCUUCAGCAAUACUAUAACAUUAUCUUAAUGUACCAAACACCCCUAGCCCAUUUGCACUUAAACUUUCUCUUGUGCAACUAAGCCAACUUUUUUCCUUACGACCAACGACUGAUCCACAUUUAUCCAAACUGCUUUGCAAUUUUAUUUUCUACCACCUCAUUAACAUUUUGAGAUGUUUCAAUGUUUCAUCUCACCAUUUGUUACACACACUUCAGGACUGGAGUAUAACCAGAGAACACUUUCUGAAUCAUGCAAUAAAUUGACCUUCAAGGCUGAGUUGGAACAACCAUAUAUCAACAUUACAUUGUUAUAUUUAUAGCACAGGUAUGAAAGGGUCGGAAUAGAAGAAUGCAUGGGGAAGAGUCCAUGGAACAACUAAAACAAAAGCCCAAAAAAUCAGGUCAAAAAUGCAAAUCUGACGAGUAUUUCACAUGCAACAUAUAAUGUGAUGAGUCACAAAUUUAGGCAGAGGUAAACAACCAAUUGGAGAUAAGUACAGGAAAGUAACAGACAGUAGUAGAGUAGAAAUGUUGAUACAAAUACUGGAGUAAAAAUAUGGUUUUAUCAUAAGGCAAAAAUACAAAACAAAUGAAUUUGUAUAAACCUGUAAGAUUGCAAAAUGGAUUGUAAGCACAAUAGUAAAUAUAAUAUACAAUGCUUCUGACGUUUUUUACAGAAUAAUUUGUUGAAACGGUUAGUCUUCCAGAACAGGAGAUCAUGGACAUUGCAUGACACCAACAUACCAAGUCUCCACCAUGAGUCAUUCAACCCAUAACCAUUUUUCAAGCAACUUUUUCAAUGUAUGAAAUACAUUCUACCCCACUCUCCUCAGAAUGUGAGUUUGUAUGAGCAAGGUUCUCACCGCCUUUUGUUCCUGUAUGUCCAUCGUCUCUUGUUGAAACUACUAGUGUGUUAGUGCUGUGGAAUAUGCUAGUGCAUUAUAAACUAAACUGUAAUAGUAACAACUAUAGUCCGGCAUCUUCAAAAAUUAGCAACAUACAUUCUCAUUUCCUGACAAAGAACUAUGCAGUUGUAGUCUAGGAACAGCUUUAGAUUGAGAAGAACUUCAUGAAUGGCCAUCUGCUGGCUUUCAAUAUUCCUCUCUGACUGAGAUAGGUUCCAAAUUAAAUCAGGGACAUAUUUCAUGGGAGAACUCUAUCUGCACAAAAGAUAAUGAGAAGUUUUCUGGAAUUUGGUAAAAAAUUAAAGGAACACUCUAAGCACCAAAACAACUUUAGCUUAUUGAAGCAGUUUUGGUGUAUAGAUCACGCUCCUGCAGUUUCACAGCUCUAUGAUCCUCCAUUUUAAGAGUUAAAUCACUUUUGUUUUGGUUUAUGCAUCCCUAGCCACACCUCCCCUGGAUGUGACUGACACAGCCUGCAUGAAAAAAAUUGUGACAGUACAGUGUGUUUACUUUAAAAGUUUGUAUAUCCUACUCUAUUAAUUGAACUUUAAAUCACACACAGGUGACUCCUGCAGGCUCUAACAGGCAAUUAACAGAGCAGUAGAUACAUAAUUCCAAAUUAAACAGAGUGUACAACAAACAUUGGAUCUCUCUUUACAAAAAAUUUGUAGGGAAACUAUAGGUCACACGCAGGGAGGUGUGGCUAGGACUGCAUGAACAAAGUUAUUUAUCUCCUAAAUGUCAAAGAAUGUAGCUGCGAGACUUCAGGGUCAUGGUCUAUACACCAAAACCACUGUAUUAAUUUAAAGUUGCUUUGGUGCUUAUAGUGUCCCUUUAAAUCCUGUGCAUACAAUAUAUUAUAAAAAUUGAUAGACUACGUCUAGAUCAAAAAAUAUUUUUGGUUUACUUCUGUGCCUGCCAACAGUGUACUUGUUGCUAUUCACCACUGCGCCCACCACCAUCAUUUUGAGAUUUAUCAACUGUACACCUUUUUCAUACACCUAAAAACACAUCUAUUUUCAACCAUACAUUUCUUAGCCAUGUAUCUUGUUCAAGGAAUACGUGGUACUGCAUUCAUGUACGUUGAUUCAUGGCAGCCCAUUCCUACCCAGUUAAAUUUGGUCUUUUCCACUUUAUUUAAAUGAAUCAACAAAGUAUUGCCAAUUAAUCUACUUCAAUGAAAUCUCAUCAGUAACAUGUGCAUUUCUCCAGCACCCCCUAUAACCACAAAUCACGUUACCAUCACUACCUAACUAAUCAUGCUAGGUUUAAAUCUCUAAAUUUGUUAACAACUUUAUCCUUAUGCAUCUAGAUUAUAUGUGUGCUUACCAUUCUGUUAAGUACUUGGAUGUACUCAUUAUGGAUGUGGACAUUAUAGUAAUGAGUUGAAUGUUAAAAUGUUGAGACUAGAAACUUUGAUUUGAUUCUUCUUGCCACACCACUACAAUUUUGUUGGGAACGAUUCCAAGCACUCAGAGUUGCCAUGCCAGGGUUCAAUUUAUUUGAUAUAAAAAGGAAACAAAGUAUUAUCAAUUAUAGUUAAACCAUAGGCAUGUAUGGUGACUAUACAGGAAACCGGAUUAUGAGCCAAUACAAGGCUCAGAGCUCGGUAGUUAGUUGAACCCCUCUCUUACUAGCUUUAAAAAAAGAGAAAAAAAGAAAAGGUGUUGGUUUUGUUAAAACCGGGAAGAUGGUUGAGCAGAUGGAAUUUAAGAAUGUCUAAUUCAACUCUACUGGUGUUGUUGCCAUUUACGAAUGAAAGUAGUUGUGUCAUGUCAAAAUAUAAAGGUCAUACUACCAGGAAAUUCCAAGCACCAUAACUGUUCCUAUAAAUAAAAUUUACUUCGAAAUAGAGGCCCUACUGACAUGCUCUGCUUUCCAAAAUGAUGAUAGCUAUGGGUAUUGAUAUGUACAUGUUUUUAUUCCAAAUCUGAUAACCUAUUCACUAAAAAUAAAAAUUUAGGCUAGAAUAGGUGAAUUGAAAACCCAAAUCAACAACUUUUUCACCUAAAAUAAAAACCUUGCUAAGUCAAUUCCUGGUUUUUGAAUGAACCUCCUUAAAUGAAUACUCCAAUCAGGGCCGUCUUUAAUAUCACUAGGACCCUGGGCAAAGCAUUUUAUUGAGCCCCAUGGGCACCCCCCCCACUCCCUGGCAUGCAAUCACACCUUUCACAUACAAACUUACACAGACAUAAACACUGACAGACAUACUGACACAUACACACAGACAUACAUACUGGCACACAAACAUACAAUGACACACACAUAUAUACUGACAGACAUUCUGACACAGACAGACACAAACACACUGACAGGCAUACUGACACACACACCCUGUCAGGCACACUGACACACAGACACAUACUGACACACACACACACACACAUACCCUGACAGGCAUACUGGCAUUCAGACACACACUGACAGACAUACUGACACACAGACACACACACAAAGACAUACACUGAAAGACAUACUGACAUACCCAUUGACAGGCAUACUGACACACACACACACACACACACACUGAAACACACAAAUGCUGACAGACAACCUACUGACACACACAUACAAUGUCAGACAUACUGAGACACACAGACAUACACUGACAGACACACAGAUAUACUGACACAUUCACACUUUUAAAUAUACUCCCCAUUUCCUACCUUGAAGGAUUGCUUCCCUGGUGUCCAGAGUGGUGGCUGAGGCUGUUGGGGGUUGCCGACUGGCAAUCCGUACCAGUCCUCCUACUCUCUGCUUCCCUGGUGUGGUCACUCCUGCGUGUCUCUCUCUGGGAGGAAGUGACUCACGGCAGUCACUUCCUCCCAUGCUCCCAAAAGGCAAAGGGGCCCGGUCGUACUGUUUAAGGGCCACAGCGGGCGACCCGACCCCUGCUUACAAAUGCUGCGGAGUGGCCCUUAGUGCAUGGGCCACCCGGUGGGCCUCCUUAGGGUGCGUCCCCAGGAUCAGGAUGCACCAGGGGCCCAUGGGUGGGGGGUGGGAGGGAGAAAGUUGUUGAGGGCAGCGGGGCCCACGUGGCAGCUGCCUUGGGCCCCCUAGAAGUAAAAGCUGCCCCGUUUGCCCCGCGUUAAAUAUGGCCCUGACUCCAAUGUAUAAAAUACAUACAUACAUAUACAAAUAUAUAUAUAAAAAAAAAAAAGCAAAAAGACCCUGCACACAGGCUUAAAAGUUGUAGAUAGAAAGUCCUAGAUGCAGGACUGAAACGUCUAUCUUUUAAUGCGUACCCAAUAAAUAUUUUGAGGUUUUAAUGGAAGACCGUGAGUGCAGAUUUUUCUCCAUUCUACUUAUAUACAUAUAUAUAUAUAUAUAUAUAUAUAUAUAUGUAUGUGUGUGUAUAUAUAUAUAUAUAUAUAUAUACAUAUACACAUAUAUGUGCCAUUGUUAUGUUUAGAUUCAAUGCCCUUUUUAAAAAAAAAAAAAAAAAAAACACAAACAACUCACCUGGAACAGUCUCUUUGUAGCCAGUUUGCCUUUUGUGAGAUAAUCAGGAUUGAAGAUCUGUCUCCAAUCCAGUGCAUCCCACUGAGAAGAAUUGACGUGAAAAAAUUGCCGUGACCAGCCAAUCAAAUGCUUCUCACAGAGAAGCAAUGAAUCUAGUGCUUUUUGAUAAUAAGAAGCAUUAUUGUUGUGCGUGAUGAUGCGGAGUGUGAAGAUAUCCAAAAAGUGUGCUCUCGGACAAAAAUAAACCUUACUGUUUCUCACAACAGGCAAUCUUUUGCAUUGUUCAAGAAAAUGGACAGUAUAUAUACAACAAAAUUGUGCAGUAGUUUAGUGGUUUGGUGCUUAGAGUGUCCCUUUGAAGGGUGUGGAUGUGCAGUGUUUCUGCUUGAAUUUUUAAUUGUGUGCCAAUGGCUAGUUACACUCCCGGCACAUGUGACUUAGGCAGCCUAAGUCUGUUCCAGACUACCUAAUGUCAAUUUUGUGCAUGUUUAACAUCUGUCGUCAGUGCACACCGCACGCUGGCGACAGUUGUUCAUUGCUCUUCCCUUGCAGUCAGAGACUGCAAGAGGGGUCUUGUUUCUCCUAUCCGAUUCACAUAUUUUUUGCUGCAACCCUUCCUCCUCCCUUUCCUGGCUCAGAGAGCGUGCAUGCGCUCUGAGACGGUUAAAUGCUCCAAUCAAAAACUUCACAAUGAUUUCAAAAGUCGGGGUGCCGAGCAGUGACUGUGGCUUCUCCUGAUGCUGGAUUAGGGUAACUAAAAUCUUGUUUCAAAAGUUUUUUUGACCUUUUUGGGGGGGACCUAAAGUAGUGUGCCAAGAAAUUAAAAGAAAAAAAGGGGGGGUUGGAUUAAUCCUUUUAACAUAUGUGCAGCUGCUUCUAUUUACAUUUUAUGAGUUUUCAGAAUGAGGGUGACAUCGAUGGGAACAUUCCAUCUGUAUUUUCAGUAUUUUAUUUUUAUGGCACAUAUAACAAGACCACAGACUUUGAUACGCUAAGUAAAAGAAAUUAUAUGGCUUAAUUUGAUAGACAGAAAUAAAAUGAUACAGUCGGUAUUACUUUUUAAACUAGAUUAUAUGGUUUCUAUACCAAAUAAAUAGCUUUAUAUAAAAAAACAAAAACAAUUUCUUUACCAUAUUUAAAAAAAAACAAAGCACAAAAUCUCAUAGUCUUUUUCUAAAUCGAUCUUUGUAUUUAACCUUGUCAGGUUGACUACUUAGAACUGUAUAACAUACAUCUGAUGAAUCACAGUAAUGAUCUUACAGGAAGUGCUGUGAUUAAUUCUCUUAAUAACAGCUUCUUAAAUAUUCUAUAGAAUACAGGCCAGCCUCUAUUCUGUCCAGAUACUUAACAUUAGACAUUAAUAGAAGGCCUAGAAUAAAUGGGUGAUAUGGUAAUCUUAUGAAAUUUUUGGAAUGUUAACACAAGCAGAACAUACAGCAUUUAUCUUGACAUUCCCUGGUAGGACGAUGGUUCAUAUGCCACGGAACACAAAGGGUCCAAAGGAGAGGAGAAAUUGCUAACGAUUAAUCAGAUCACGUCACCUGUGAUAAAUGACUAUCCGUGUUUAAAAACUAUGUGUGGUUGCUGACAGUGCAGUCAGCAAAGCGUUGGUGGGAGGGAGAGUGGAUCAGCGCCAGAUGGGGUCAGGAAUGAGAACUGAAGCCAGAACAAAAUAGGAUAAAUUUAUCUAUAGCAAAGGUAGAUGGCGCAGCCAAUUUAUGUUAUGCCAAGCAGCAGUGGAGACUAUUUCGAGAUUGGUCCUGUGUUGAUAUACACCUAGGAUCUCUAAUUGUGGUAAGAAGAGAGGCUGUGACAAAUAGCUGGAUUCUGGAAAGGGAGAGUGGUGAAAGGCUCAAACUAGCAACCUUGGGAGUGAGUAACUGCAGAGAUUUCAAAUUGAUGGAUUUGUGUGUGCGGUUGUACAAUUUAGUAGAUGUGUUUGACACAGGGGUUAAUUGAGAUCCUGUAGGAGACAGAAAGCAUGUUUGUGCUUUAUUUUUAUUUUUUUGGAAGCAAUAUGAACAACAGCCUUAAAGGGAUACUAUAGGCACCCAGAUCACUUCAUCUCAGUGAAGUGGUCUGCGUACCGUGUACCCUUCGUUUUAACUCUGCAAGUGAAAAUACUGCUGUUCUACAGGGUUUAGAUGCCUAUAGUGUCUGUCACUAUGACAGCCAUUACAGGCGCAUUUGCAGAAAUUGCCGAGUAAAACUCUGCCAUUUCUAUGAGAUGGUCUCAUAGAGAGACAGAGAGGCUACCAUCCCUGUGUGCUUAUCUCUGAGAAAACAUUGGAUUGGCUGAACUCAUCGAUCUCUACGAUCUCAGCCAAGGAGGCAGGGCCAGCCGCGAAUAGAGCCACACGGUGUGGGAGAAAAGGUAAGUUAACUUAAAGUGACACUAUAGACCUCAAAUCAACUUUAGCUUAAUGACGCAGUUUUGGUGUAUAGAUCAUGCCCCUGCAGUCUCACUGCUCAAUUAUCUGCCAUUUAGGAGUCAAAUUACUUUUGUUCCUGUCCACACAGCCCUAGCCACACUUCCCCUGGCUGUGCCUCACACAGCCUGCAUAAAAUGGUUAUUUUUCUCAUUUUCAUUCAGAUGUUAACUUGCUUUACAAAAGUUUUCACACAAGGCUCCUGCGGGAUCUACAAGGCUGUUAACAGAGCAGGAGAUAAGAAAUUUCAAAAACAGACUAGACAGAUUGUGCUAUCGAAGUUUAAACAUUAAAUCUCUCUUAUUUGAAGUGGUUAGGAAGGCUGUGCAAGUCACACACAAGAAGGUGUGACUAGGGCUAUGUAAACAAAGUGUUUUAGCUCCUAAAUGGCAGAGAAUUGAACUGUGAGACUACAGGGACAUGAUCUGUUCAUCAAAACGGUUUCAUGAAGCUAAAGUUGUUUUGGUGCCCAAGUUAAAUAUUUAGAAAGUUAUAUCAUAACCUUGUUCAGAUAUGGCUAAAUCAGGGAAAAUAUCGCAAACUAAGAGGAGAAAUAGAAACAUUGUUUACAUUCUCCUCUUCUCUAUAUGCUUUCCCUAUGCCAGGUGCAAAGGACAGAGCUUUUAACAAUGACUGACAGGGAACUAAGAUGGAUGCGCCCAGUUGCAGGAUAAAUAGGUGUGUAUUUCUGCUUUUAAUUUUAAUUUUGAAAUCUAAAAAGAUAUAUAUGUUAGAUACAGGGAUAAGUAAACAUAAUAUUAAAAAGCCUGGGACAUGACAGUUUCCCUUUAAAUCCACAUGGCUUCUAGAUCACAUUUAUUAUUGAACCACUAAACAGUGAGCUGUAGUGAGUUGAUACCAGGUUUGUAAAAUUUACCAUUUAUGAUUUUUAUCUAGAAAAAUCACAUGUAUACCACCUCAGCACCUGUGUGUUGGUGCGUCACAGCUGCGCAAUGCUCUGCUAAGGCUAUGUCAUAGUAAUUACAGGGUAUGUGCGGAGACCAAUGUGAACAUGCUUAUUAAUGCACACUGUGACAUGUAAUUAUAUGGAGGAAGCCCACGCUCUGUCAUGCACAAAACCACCCUUCCAGAGCUGGAAAAGGUAGAAAGGCACAUAAAUCCUGCAAAAUGCACCGGGCUACAUCACCCAGUGCCACUUUCCCAAUGAGACAGAGAGUGAUGUGAGUUGCAGUAUAGCAGCCGCUAAGGUUCUGCAAAUUGUCGCAAUACACAUAGCCAAAUAAAGUGUGUCUGUUGUCUUGCUAGCCUCUCUCCCUCUUCUUUUUUCCGUAGUUAUGUUUAAUACCUCUCAUACGGCACUAAAUUAAACAAAGCUCAAGUUUAAUGAUGGACAAAAGAAAAAUUCACUAUCACAAGGAAUUUUUUUAUAUAUAUAUAUAUUUUUUAUUUUUUAUUUUUUUUCUUAAUCACACUCAACAUAUAAAUCACCUUGCAAUGUUCCCUCGGUGCCCACAUAGUAGCCUGAUCAGCUUUCCAUACCAGGAGAUGGAUGACGGCUUAGCCUGAGGUCACACUUGGCACACUCCCAAUGUCUCCACAGCUAGAAUCACUUACAGGAUGCGUGGAUGUUGUAAGGCGAGCGUUUUUUUUUUUACCUCCUUUUUUUCUUGACAAUGAAUUCUCUUUAGUUAUGUUGUCAUUCCUGUUUAAUUCAGCACGUAUUCUAUAUAAGCUUAAAUAGAAUUUUCAAGAACGUAGACUGUGGACAAAACUCUUAUAGAUCACUCUUUAAUUAACCCCAAUUCAGGCCUACAAAUAAAUUUGAUCUCACAAUAGAGACAAAACUUUUAUAAUGUCAUACAAUGCAGCAUUUGGACCAAUCUCCAUUUUUAUCUUAAAUUUUUUUUAUAAAUCAUGCUGACUUUUUGUUUGUAUUCGGUCUUCUGUUUGCUCAUCUGUCAUUUAUUUAGUUUUUUCUAGCCCUUCCCAGAUAAUAUGGGUGGUUAUAAUACCAAUUGUUAUAUAAUUGUCUUCUCUAACUUACUCUUCAGCCCCCCUUUAAUCUAUACCUUGCAAGUUCUUGCAGAUCUGCAUGCCAAUGUCAACAAUCUAUUGUUUUUAACUUUCUCCUUUACCCCCUGCAUUUUCUAUAUUUUUGUUCUGUAUUUUGUCCUUCCCCGGAUGUCUCAACUUGUUGUCAUUUAUCUGCCAUGGGCCACGGUCAUUUUUUGCAAAUCUGUACAUAUCUCCCACCCCUUGCCACCAAUCCCGAGGGCCUGUCACAUUACAUCUGACAAUUGGUUUAUUCUGGGCACCCUAUGACCCCCUUUGAGGCAGAUGGAAUCAGUGCCUUACUGUCACACUGAACUUAGGAGAAAGUGCCCUGCUUGCGUUCAAUCUCUUUUUCCACAAAACAAGGUCUUCUACCAUUGAUUUUCUUAUUUCAUAAUUUCCAUUGUAAUAAUGUAUCUAUAUCAUCCAUUAGUCAAAUUUCUUAAAUGAUCAGUGGCCUCCACCUCCACAUUUUCUUAAAGUUUUCCAGUGUAUUUCUUCAUUUCCUAAUUUUUCCUCUUCAUUCCUUUUCUAUCUCUUUUUUAUUAUAUCCAUAGCUCAUCACCUAUUGCCCAAACACAUCUGCUCACUCUCAUAUACCCUAAACAAUCAUUCUUUCGCCUAGCUCCAGCGUUUUCGACGUUCUAUUUCACUGAAGACCAUACUUCGGAGUAAGAGUGUAGAGAACUUCUUUCAACGUCCAAACAGUGAACCAAAGGUGAAUGCUGGUGUCCUUCUCAGUCCUCCAGUGCCAGCACCUCCACCAUCACCUCCACCUCUACCCACUGAUGAAUUCCCACCAACUGAUCAGUCCCCGCACCACUGUCAUAAGCCCUUGUCUCUCUUGCAACCUGUUCGUACUCACAGCUUCCAUGACCAUGUAUUCAAGAAACAGUGUCCCUGCCAUCUAUGUCAUCAGAUCAUUGUUGGUAAGUGAACGAUAACUAAGUUAAUAUAGACAUUUUACUUCCAAUAUACAUGAUUGGAAUUAAUGGUGUGAGGCCUUAGCGCUUUGUGGUUUCAAGCCCAGAAUUAAAAUGUAUCUUGUAUUGCUGGAAUUUUAGAAGAAUAUGAAUAUCAAGUAAAUAUAUAUAUAUAUAUAUAUAUAUAUAUAUAUAUAAUGUAUAUGUAUCAACGUUCUGGAUGAUCUGACGUGGUAACGAUGCAGCAAUCAGUAAAUCAGAAUAUUACAUCAGAUUGUCUUAUUUUGUCUGAAAAAUUAGCCAAUAUCAGCCAAUAUCUCUCUACAAUGCAAUUAUAUAGUAAGUCAUCCAUAAAAUGCAUUAAGAAAUAUCUUCAACUGAACAUACAGGGAGUAAUGAGUGACCAUUUGCACACAAUUUACAUUUAACUCACAAACAUCAUAUAAUCAUAGGAAAUUCAUAUUUUUAUCCUUGCAAUGUCUUUCAUCACCCAUCAUUAUAAGCAUAACCUAUGGUUGGUGCAACAACUAGAUUUUUGUAGUCAGAACCAUCAAUAUGUUAAGACUGAUUGCUGUCACAAUGGUUGGAUCAAUAAAAUACUCAAGUACCAAAUAGACAGUACAAUAUAACAACAUGAAGUUGUCUCUAAGACAAGUUGGGGUUAUUUAGACUUUUACAUCAAAUUGAGUGUGCAUUAAAAGAACAUUCCAAGGAACAUAGCCACUAAAGUUUACCAAACAUUUUAGUAAGGGUUUGACUUCUUACCCUUCCUCUACUGCUGUCUAGUCUAAUCCAGAAGUUCACAGAACUAAACUAGGUUUGGUGGUGUAGGGCUGAGCUCAUUGGCUGAGUGACUGGCUGAUGCCUAGCCAAUGAGCUAACAGAGCAAACAGAAGAUCCUGGAAAGAGCUUCUGGCUGUCCUAAAGGCUGAGAGGAGGCAUUCCGCGGUAGUUGUACGGUUAGUGUAGUGGUGCUUGGAAGGUUCUUUUAAAUAUUUCGAUAUAAAUCAGUGGUUGUUAACCUUUUCUGAGAGAUACCUAAAUUAAUUAGAUACCCUUAUCAAGGCAAACUAUUAUUCAAUUGUGAAAUGACCUCAGCAACCCAUAAUUCUACUGUUCCUAUAAAACAAUAUAUAAGAACAUUUAUUAUCCAAUCUAAUCGAAUCUCUUUUAGACUCUUGCCACAGAAGGUCACAAUUGCUUAGGGGAAGGCAAAGCUGCUACUUAAAAACAAAAACAGAGAGUAUGAGAAUAAGCAAAAGGUUAGAGUAGCUUAGUAGCUUGCCCUUCAAUUAGUCCCUGCUCAGGUCUCAACAUUUUUUUUUCUCAAAUCUAUACCAUUUGCACAUCCGACUGAUUCCAUCCAGAGGCAGUCCAAAAGCAAAAUGCCAACAAGUCUUCUCUGCACAAGAGAUACGGCAACCUCGGAUGAUCAUUUCAGGCGCCUAGUGAGUGAGGUAUAAUUGAUACCCUUCAAGGCACAGUGAACAUGUUGACCACAUUUGGAUUACCCUUCUAACCUUGGGAGACCCUAAGCAAAUGCACUGCAACAGUAACAGAUAAUAUGAGAACAGGCAAAAGUUGCUCGCUCCGUUCUCAAAAGUGUAAUGGCACAAGUGAGCAAAAACAAAGAGAAUCUAUACCAUAAGACCCAAUGAAAUGACAUGGAAGCCAAUUUGGGGUCCCAUAUCUGGAGAUAAGAAUCACUAAUAUAGAUAUAGUGAAAGUGAGCCAUGGUCCAAAAUAAAAAAAAUAGGUUAUAUGCUGCUAAUGUAGAUCUCUCCUAGGAAACUAAGCAUUGACAGUGGAAACAUCUUGCACGCUAAGGAGAAUCUAAUAUCUCAUCCGCUGACCUGAUCUUCAGCCUUUCUGUUACUGUGCUUACAGAAUAUAAAGUAACGUUAAUGGCAAAAUCCGUGAUUUCUCAGCGAUCAUGCAGGAGGCUGUCAGUAGAAUAAAAUAUCACAAAAGGAAAGACGAACAGGAAAUACCAAUAGCAAGGAUUGAACAGGGGCAGCAACAGUGGGCAAAAACGUUACAUGGAGAUUAGAAGAAUUUCUAUAAUAAGAUACUUUUUAAUCAGUUUACUAUGUAUUCGGGUAAUUUUCUAUUAUCACUCAUUACGAGCUUGCUUAAAACAUACGCAGGUUGCGUUGACAUACAUAAAUCAACUACAAAUUCACUAGGGAAGCCAAGUUUAUAGACUUAAUGGUUCCUGCACUUGAGAUAAUUUUCAAAGAGGCUGCCUGGGAAUGUGAUUUAUGAACAUAUAGGAUUAAUUUCCAUUUCUAUUUGUCAAAGUCCUUUUCAAUUGCAGUUUUAAUUAUGUAAAUGUGAGAGUAGUUUCUUUUUUUACUAUUUGGAUAAGGAAAUCAUACAUAGUGACUCUCUCCCCAUUGUGUGUUCCAAGGGAACUCCAAGCAAGGUCUGCGUUGCAAGAUGUGCAAGAUUGGAGUCCAUCUGUGGUGCUCAGAAGAGGUAUCCCACCAGCAGUGUCUGGGGAAGAUGGUAAGGGAGAAGCGUGAUUGUUAGUCCAUGUUAAGUACUUCUAUGCCAUGCCUCAUGUUUCAACUAUUUCCUCUUAUUGAGAGUUUGCUAUUCUUUCUUUCUUUUCUGUUUUCAGUCCACAUCUUUUCGGCGUAAUUUCAGCUCUCCUCUCUUGAUUAAUGAAGUUCAAACUAGCCCAAAGGAGACCCCUGUGAUACCUGGUAAGAUAUAGAUAUAUACUGGUUUGUGGUUACUAAGGACCACCUGUUAUGAUCCACUGUCAGAGUGAUAUUUUAAAAUGUUGAUGGUCAUUGUAAUUUUGUAAUGGAGUUUAAUUUAUUGGAGCACAUUAUUAUUACAGAAUCGAUCACAACAGUGCCCCAUCUUUUUUUUUUUUUUUUUAUUUAAAUUUAUAUUUUAUUAGAGUUAUAAGCAUGUAUAUCUCUGUGCCAUUAUAUGCGAGGAAUAAACAAAUAGAGAGUAUACGGUUCAAUAUGGUCCAGCAAACACACUAAUGCCAGCAAGAGAUGUAGAACAUGGACAAGGGACAAAUGAGAGGGACAAAGGAUAAAUGGAAGGCAUCGGUCAAAAACAAUAGCAUUGGUCCUUAGGUUAGGUGUAGCGAUUGACCACAUAAGUCAGUAGAAUUAGUUUAUAGUCUGUCUAUUAGCAAUAGCUAUGGAGUGUCCGAACUGUCCCUGACGGUAGGUACGUGUUGUUUAGUCGGGCUUCUCCGCUGGUGCGCUCUUCCUGAGGUUCUUUUCUCACGUGGUGUAUCUGCCCCGGUUGCUCCCUCUAAUGCGUUGGUGGCUGAUAGGCCUAAUUUAUGAUAGAGCGUCUCUGGGUCAUCCGAGGAUGUCAGGGUGAGUGUUUCCGCGCCUCGUGUGACGGCCAGGGAGCCUUCUGCGUUCCAGCGGUACUUGACUGAGCAGUCUCGCAACUUCUUAGCCACCAGUGCCAGCUGCCUCCUUUCUUCUAGGACAAGGAAUGGGAGGUCACUGUAGAUGGAUAGGUUAUGGCCCUCGAAAUGCACUCGACCCAUUGUUCUGGAUUUAUUCAGGAUGGCGGACCGCACCGCAAUGUCUUUGGUAGUUGCAAUAAUGUCUCUCGGUGUGUCCGCUGGCGCCGCUGCAGCUUUGCGCACCCGAAAAGCAGCUAGGAUGCAUGGGGUGUCUGUCGCCUUUUGAACUCCCAUUGAGAUAAUCAGCUUUUGGACAUAUGACAGUAUGUCUCCCCCCUCUACCUGUUCAGGUAUGCCUCUCAGGCGUACAUUUUGUCGCCGGUGCUGGGACUCCAGUGUGGUCACUAUUUUGUGCAGUUGUUUGACCUGUGAGGCGAGACCCUCCACCCGUUGUGUAGUCGUCUUGAGUUGAGUAUCCCGAGCUUGUUCUCUGACCUCAGCCGCUGAUACUGUAUGCUGCAGGGCCUUUAUGUCAGCUUGCGUUUCUUGGAGGUCUGACUUCCACACUUCCCUUAGGUCCACUAAUAACUUUUUAAUGUCUCCUUUUGUGGAUGGGGAUGAAUCUUCGUCUGAGUCAGCCUGCAGGUAUACACCAGCUGGGUGAGGAGAGUUACUUGAUUCCAUCUCCCCAGGGGAGUCAUCUGAGGCCCCUUGCUCACUAUAAUGGUCGGGUGCCAGUGCCACCCUUGCGGGUUCUGGCAGGGGUGUCCUCUCGAAGGAUAGCCUUAUGUCCUGUAGCGCUUGCCUUUCUAUCUGCAUCAGUCUCUUGUGUUUGCGCCCCAUAGUUGCUGUGAGUUGUUAGGGGUGCCAGCAAUUACCCUUGCCGGCGUGGGGGGGGGGGUGCGGUGGUCUCUGGUGGGGUCUACACUGGCCUUUAAGCCUUCAGGUACCUGAGCAGCGGGGCUGGCCACCUCCCGUCUGCGCACACGUGGUCGCGGUGUAAAUGUUCACCGGGUGUCCCUCCAGCCUCUGGUGAGUGGCCUGGCUGUGGAUGGGCUCGGUUCGAGCGGCAUAUACCCCAAUUUGGGCACUUUUUUGCCGGAGUUCUGGUGAGUUGUGACCUCCCGGCUCGGCAGUUAGGCUCCGCCCCCCAACAGUGCCCCAUCUUAAUGCCGGAUGUAACAACAGACCUCUGUAACAUGUUCUGCCCCACCAGACACAUUGAUAGUCCACUACCGUAAAGGGGUGAUGCUGUGGACUUGCAGAUGUACAUAAUAUGGAUAAUCUCCUAGCCCUAAAUCUUGACACUGGAGUUCCCCCUAACACUGCAAAGUUCCCCCUAACACUGCAAAGUCUCUGCACUAUUAUUAAUAUAGCUCCAUUUUGACAUUAAAAGGAAAUUCUAAGCACCAAAACAACUUUAUCUUAAGUGGUUUUGGUAUAUAGUACAUGCAUUUGCAGUCCUACUGCUUAAUUAUUACCAUUUAGAAGUGAAAUCAAUUUUUGUUUCUGUUUCUGCACACCUCUUCUGUCUGUGACCCUCACAACCUACACGGGAAAAUGGUUUCAUUUUAAAUCCGAUCUGACAAGCACAGUGUCUUUACUUUUUUAAUCUAGUGCUCUGUUAAUUGAACUUUUAUAACACACAGGUGGCUCCUGCAUGGUCUGACAGGCUAUUAACAGAGCAGGAGAUAAGACAUUCUAUAUUAAACAGACCAUGCAAUAAAGGAAGUUUAACCCCUUAAGGACACAUGACAUGUGUGACAUGUCAUGAUUCCCUUUUAUUCCAGAAGUUUGGUCCUUACAGGGUUAAAUAUUAGAUAUUUCUUUACAGGAAGUGUUUAAGUCACAUCCAGGAAAAUUGUGACUAGGACUGCAUAAACAGUGAAUUAACUCUUAAAUCUCAAGAGAAUCGAGCAAUUAGACUGCAGGGACAUGAUCUAUACAUCAAAUACACUCCAUUAGCUUAAAGUUGUUUUAAUGCUUAUAGUGUCCCUUUAAACAUUGAGCCAUUUUAUGGAGUCCUUUUAAAAGGCAUAUCAACUGUAAUUACUCAUUCCAAGUGUUUACUGAAAGCUCUAAUCCAGGGACAUCCGCCGGACGUACGCUUAGGUGCCCAAGGCACAAAAAUGUUUUGGGUUCCCAAUAGUCACUGAUAUCCUGCUCACCCAUACAUUGCCCACUUUCAGUCUACUAAGAAGCCUGUAAGUAAAGCUCACCUCUACCUCUACAUCUGUGCUCUUUUAUCCAUAUUGUCACUCCAGCAUGCCCUGGAAUAAAAUGGUAGGCAUGGGGAAUUUAAGAUGCAUGCAUGCUGUUGCCCACUGUCUGAACAUUUAAAACAAGAGAGACAAAGGAUGGAGUUAACCACCAAUAAAAAGGAAGGAACACAGUUCCCUGUAAAUACUAGUGCUUUGUCAUUAAAUAAGAAUUUGCCUUUUUGAAUGUUAAAGAAACAUUUUCAAAUAAACACACAGCUGAACAGUAUGUCCGUGUUAAAAGCCAUUUUUAAAGGUAAUUUUCUCUGUCUCACAGUAGCAGGUCCUAAAGGUAAGGUAGACCCUGUGUAUGAGACUCUACGCUAUGGAACAUCACUAGCCCACUUGAACCGAUCCAGUUGUAGCAGUGUGUCAGAGUCUCCCACCCGCAGUUUGGUGAGUAGGAGACUGCAUCCGUGCAUCAUACAUACCAUAUGCAAGACAUACACUGUUACAUGUAUGUAAAUUAAUGGAAAAAUUGGUGUUGUAUAUACUUUAAAUAGAUUGCUUCAGCUUUGGUUAUGUAAGCAUACAUCUUGUGCCAAUAGUGUUCUCUUUGUAUGCAGAGUGAGAGGGAGGAGAGGAGUGAGGAUCCUGAGGGCAGCAUUCAAAGCAGUGAGGAGAGUCCGAGCCACCCAGGUGAGAUGGACAAUACGGCAGAAUGAUGUAAUUUUUUAACAAUAAUCUAUAUAGGAUUCAUUUUAGGUCUGGCCAUAUACAUUGGGUUGCAUGAGUCCAAGAAUAAAAUGCUGCCCAUGCCCAAUGCACCAAAACUCUACUUCCUGAAGGCCACGCUCACAUAAAUCACUCCCUUCCCCUGACAAUAUAUAAAGAAACUGUCUUCCAUGAAAUUUCAUUGCCUCUGCUACCUCUACACAGUAGAUAUCUCUGUUACCUUCAUCUCUUCCUAGUUUCCAUCCCCAUACUCUUUCUCCACAGAUCUUAGCCACCAUUUCAACACCUCACACUUGAUAGAUAUAUUUACCACAAUCUCCAUUACUGUUUCCUCACAUCAUCCCCCAGUAAAUAUUCAGUGAAUAAAUAUCCUCCACCACUGCAUUUUCCCUACGUUCUCUCAAUGCCAUGUCUUUGCCUCAAAUUCUCCCCUGUGCCAUAUUCUCCCAAUUCAUCUCCACCAAUACCCUAUUCUCCAAUUAAUCUUCAAUAAUAUUUUUCAUUUGAGGGCUCUUUGCCCACUAUGUUUUCCUUAUCCAUCCCAUCUCCUUUUUAUUUCUAAGCUCAAGUUUUCAGCCCUACCUCAAUCCCAGCUUCCUCUAUCGGCAAAGACUUUGUCUUAAAAUGCUGUGAGGCUGAUUUUUUAUUUUUUAUUUCUACAGUCUGUGUGUAUGCAUAUUUCGUGUUUUUCUGUGGCUUUGAGGGUUGUCACAAUAUUGAGUACAUUUUCAGGUUCAUUUUGAUCACUUCUUAUGAUCUGUCAUGGUUCUACUUCUGUAUUAUGUGGCUGAGGAUAUGAAUAUGCUGCAAGAUUCUUUGGUUAAUCUGUGGAAUUUGCCCAGAAUUGCAUUUGCAUUUUUUUGGCAUUAUUAAUAUGUGUCUAUAAAUGUAUUAUGCUAUUCCAAGACUGAUUAAUAAAAAAACUUGGACUUCUUAUGAUGCUCAUGUGUUACAAUAAGAACACAUUUUUAUGGCCCUGCAGAAACAGAAACAUACAUAUUUGAGAACUAGUCUGUUAUUGCUGAUUUGAUUCAUUUACCCUUUCAUCCACUCUGCUUUGCAUGUGUGUGUGCCCUCCACAUUCAUCCACUCUGCUGCCACCUAUUCAUUAGCCUUAUCCCCUAAUUAUAAAUCCUACUCAACUUUUAUCCCGCAUACUAAUAAUCCAUUGCCACAAUGUCUGUUUCUCUCUAUUUUCUGUCUCUUCAUCUCUUUUUAUUCUCCUUCCUGCCUUUCUCCACCUUCCUUCCACCAGUCCAUCCCCACAACCCCAUGAUUCUUGUGUCUUUCCCUAUGUCACUAUUCCUGUAGCUGUUCAGAAGCCAGCGUCCCCAUACCCCCUAACAGUUGCGUCCCUCUCCCUGCUUCUUCAAACCUUGGCUCUUUAUCUUACAGAUAUUUCUCUUCAUUCUCCAUACCUUUGUUUCUUAUCUUCACAAUUCCUGAAACAAUUUUUUUAACCAAAUUUUCCAACACCUGGACUUGGUCUAAUUUUCAUGUUUUCCUUUCUCCAUCUUUUGCAGUGUUCUUAGCUGAAAAUGAGAUUGCGAUAUGUGAAGAUGCUCGCAGUGUGACGGUAAGAUAUAGGAAUACUAUACUAUUCUUUAGGGUUCUGUGUAAGCUUCUGCCUACUCCGGUCUACUCUUAUGUGUGUAUUCCUAUUGUCCUCAGAGCUUAGCAUCUGUCAGCAGGAUCCGGAAGGACAUCUCACCCAUGUACAGCUAUGUGGCUCUCUAUAAGUUUCUUCCCCAAGAGAUCAACGACCUUCCACUUCAGUGAGUCUUUCCUAUGUGCCAUGAUACAAAUAUAAGCAGUGCAUUCUUAUGACACGCCAACCUAACCAGUGUCCUGUACCUACGUACAAAUCAAACCAGUGUCCUGUACCCAUGUAUAAAUCUAACCAGUGGUCAGUAUCCACAUCUCACACCACCAUCCUGCACCAAGUAUUAAUCUAAACCAUGUCCUCUAAUGAUCUAUCAAUCUAACAAACACACUUUAAGAUUCAGGGUAGACUGCUGUAUAGGUAAAUUAAUGUACCAGUCUAAGAAGGAUCCUGUUCUAAAUCCUGUUAAUACCAAUCUAACCAGGACUCAGUACCUAUACACUCAACUAAGAAGGCCAUUUACCUAUAUGUCAAUCUAACCAGGACUCAGUACAUAUAUAUCAAUCUUACCUAUGUGGCAUACCUACGUUAAUCUAACGUUAUACAAAUCUAGCCAAGGAUCUGUACUUAUAUACACCAAUCGAACCAGCACCUUGAUCCACAUAAUCUCUAUGGCAUUCUGUACCUAUAUCCUAAAAGUACCAGCACCAUGUACCUACGUAUAUGCCUAGCUUACCAAACUCCAUCUAUUUAUGAAUGACAAUUUUGACUUCUACCCAUCAUUUCAUUUUAUCUAAAAAUUCAACGUUUUGCUUCUAUCUACAUACAAAUCUAUUAUUCUGUUUACUAAACUAAAUUUGGGAGGAAGCCGAGGAAAAAAACCCCGGAAUGUUUGAGGUUGAGGGAUAUAAGGAAAAAAAGAUGAAGGCAGAUGCUGUGGAAAAAAUUGGUUGGUUAAUCAUGGGAAAGAAGAACAACAGGGAAAUGAAAAAAUAAAGAUACAUUUAAAAAAAGGUUUAAAAGUCAUAAAAAAGUGUAUUUGCACAGAACGGUAUAGAAUUGUAUAGGACUUGUUUUGGCGGUGUUGAACAAUGUGUUUAGCAGAAGGAUGUGCAUUAAGGUAUUAGGUUGAAGAAGAAGUAAAAGUGACUCUUUCUUUACUUUUAUCCCUCUGAUCUCUAAUCUUCCCUUGCUCGGGAGACAGAUUGAUUAUCUCCACUGCGUUUCAUGUAUGAGAAGAGAGGAGCUCUUACCUCUGUUUCCCUUUCAGACACUGACCUGGUCUAAUCUCCAAAUUGUAGAAAACUGGUAAAUCUCUUCUCCUCUUGGCAUUGCUCAGAGUACUCUGAGAUCUUGAAAGGACAAUGUGUUGGGUUCCAAAUGGAAAUGUAUUUGUACUUGCAUGUACCUUAUGUACUGCAGGACCGUAAUUAUCUUUCUCAUAAGAUGUUCAAUGGGCACAUGGCUCUGAUAAUGAAGAGCAGAUACCAGCGAGGUGUCUAAUAAUCAGGGAUAGCAAACAGGUUUGUCAUUACACACAGAUGUUUAUUAUAAUUUAUAGACACAUUACUGUGGUAUUGCUGUGGAGCUCUGUUAAACAUUUAGACAUACCAACAACAUCGAGCUCUUGGAAAAGAGGGACAUUAGGAAAGAAAAGAGGGACAGAGGGUUUAAAAUAGGGACUUCCCCUCCUAAAUAGGGACACUUGGAAGGUAUGGUACAUAAUGUUGCAAGGGUUAUUUCAUUUUUAGAAUUGAAAGCAUGCUUUGGGGACUCCAUAACAGUAGAGUGGUUUUUGGUUGGUAUGAUAAAAACUCCACAAGACAAAGACUACCGACACAUUUUGUAGAAGGUUGGAAUAUGUCAUCAUGAUGUACAAUUUUGGAAAUUAGGAGGUUAUUUAUUAAGAUUUCAUUGAGUGCUAUAAAAAAAUAAAAAUAAAAAUAAAAAAGGGAAUGUUACAUAGCUAGCGGAUAAGGGGGAAGGAGACCUAACAGAUUAAUUUAUUAAAAAACUCAUGUACUCAUUUAAAUGUAAAGGUCAUGUAGCUGUAAUGAAAUAAAAAAAAAUAAAAAAAAAUAAAAGCGUGCAAAUUAAAAUGAUAGAGCUGAAAAUCAAUUUAAAUGACAGUUAGUUAUAGGAAACAUGGAUGGUGCUACUACACAUGACCGGGUUGUUCAUUUAACAUGAUAUAGCAGUUUAGAAGAGAUGUAUCAUACCAGUGGAAGGUCUUGAUAUUGCCUGUCUAAUUAUAGCUUUGCCUGCUAAUGUUCGACUGCAACUCGUAAUUCUUUGCAGUAAAUACAAGGCCAAUGUUUAUUUAAGCAUAGAAGAAAUUUUGGGAUUAUUCUUGAUUCAAUUCUACUGCAAAUAAUUUUUUUUUUUUUUUUAAAUUAAAAAAAAAAAAAGAAUUUGAAUCCUGACUGUAUUUCAUUUCUGAAGUUAGGGCUUUGUUACCUACAGCAGAAAGAUAACUAAGAGGUGAUCUUUGGUCAAAAGGCAAUUCUUCUUGGUUCGUCAGGAGAGCUGCUAAUUGUACAUUUUUAUUUAAUGGAGAAGAACUGAGGAUUUCUCACCUCUUGUCCCCCAUCAGCUGAGCCUUAAGGCUUGGCCUGGUGUUCUCGCUGAAUCCUAGAUUAGUGUUCUAUCACUGAACUUGGUGUCCUUAAGGAGGUGAGGAGCAGAAUGUGACUGAUGCUCUUGUACUUCUAGUCGGCCUCUGAAACAGUGCAGGAUACGUGCAGUAUACGUUGAAUGAGAUGAUUAAUUGCGUCUACAUUGUUUCCAUUUAACGUUUGUGGCUUUUAACGUAAACAAGUGGUUGAAUAAUUGAUGUGCAGCUUAUGCCACGUGUCUGCACACUUGAAACGAAUGUUCCAGCUUUUAUGUUUCUGCUGUAGACUUGAGCAUAUGGCUUCUUUGGAAAUCUGUGGUUUAAGAUUCGAAGAAGAAAAAUGCAAGCGGAGACUUUCAGAUCAUUGAACAGAUUUUAGCUGGGUUACAAUAGAUGGAUGCAGAGGAUUUAACUACUAAUUACUGAAGAAUUGCAGAAAUAAGUAGUUCAGAGAGGUGGUGGUAUAUUUGGACAAGUCUCCAUACCUAUGAAAAUAUUAAAUGCAAGGUCAACAAUGUUGGGGCAAAGUCAAACGUUAGCAUUCAUAAGUGUUAAGAUCACCAGAAUUCACCCAUGAAUUGUUUAAAUGUGUGAAAGAGAUUGUAAAACGUUUUUUCCCCAACUUGUGAAUUGUGAGAUAAUGGCCCAGUUCCUUUGUCACUUGCAAACAAUUCACAACCGUAAUACUAAAAGAGUAACAUUGUAAAGGAGAUCUGUAUUUCUCUUAUUGCACAAAAACCCAAUAUAAUUAUGAUAAACAUUAAUUUGGAGAGUACCAAAGUACUCCAAUGUGUUAACUUCGGUUGCGAUUACACUCAAGUGCCAGUACUUGCUGGGUUCUGAACUUCCGUCGUCGGUAUUGUGUGAGAGUUUUCAACAUGAUCACAAUCCACAAAUUAGAGCUUAAAACUAUGACUAACUCUGUCAUGAUUAGUCACACAAUCUCAAGGUUGCAUAAACCAACCAUGCAUGAGUUCUAAGAAACAAAUAGCGAUUGUACAGGCUUUGCGAUUACAUCACGUGUUGAAGGUUAUUGGCAAUAAUGAUGACAACAUUGAUAAUCUAUGUGUGUUUCAUUAAGAUAGUGUAUAGUGAAGGUGUAUUUGUUGUGUCAUCAAGUUCUCUAAAUUGAUUGUACAGAAAUCGUUUGUAUGUGUUUGGUGAACUUGCUUGUAAAUGUCAUCAAUUCAAAAUUUAUGAUAAUUAUUUUGCUUAUGUGCUGAGUUGAGUGUUCGUCUUCUGGGUUUUAGAUAAAAUUAAAACGGUUUUCAGAAAUUUAUUAUGUACGUUUUGUUGUUGCAUAGGAUAUGGGUACAAUGGUUCCAUUAGAGUUUUACAAAAUCUUCAGAAUGACUGAUUGCUCUGAUCUUAACUUAAUCAGAAUGCAGUUGUUAUGGUCUGCAGAGGUCUCAAACACUGGCUUACCGCAACAAAUUGUUUAACCCCAAAGUCUUCAGUUCAGUGCCCAUUAGCUCUGCCCCUGAAUGCCCUUUCUUCAUCCAAGGCUAAAGUUCAAACAUGAACUUUCGGGCUGGGUGCUGCUGAAGGCUCAGAGCGUUUCUCACUUUAGUUAAGACAUUUAUCAUAAUAUGAUUGGGUUAGCAGCACCCAGGACACCUUGCACCACAACUUUAUGUUAAUUAAGUUGUUAUGGUGCCAGUAGUAUCCCUUUUAGCUUGAGUAGUUGACUAGUGUAAAGCAUAGGUCAUUUUUUUGAGAAACAAUUACGGCAAUCAAGUUGUUAAAAAAAAAAUACCAGAAUACAUUGAUGGGCCCACAAGCAUUUAGUCUAGAGGAGAAUAGAUCAGGAAAAACGAGAAGAUGCAGAGCCGUAGUAGAGUACUUAUACUGUGAUAUAGGAACGCUAUGCUGCCAAACCUUUAGUUGUAAAACAGACAAACUCUGUUCGUCAAAACUCUUCAAGGGGAUUAAUGAUUUGAAUACUUUACGACCUAGUGCUUGAAGAACCUACGACAUCAUGGAAUCUUCUACAAAUUUAGAAUGUGACAGUUCUACAUAGAUUUUUUUUUUCUUCUUAAAAACAGUAACAAAUUACAUGUUGGAAAAAAGAUACCAGAUUGUUAUGAUGGUAUAGACAGUUACUGGUCCUUAGCCAUUAAUCAGGCCUCUGCAUAGCUCUCUUAGAUCUCUUUUAAACUCCAGUGAUCUGGAGAGCCAUAUUGAUUAAAUGUGACCGUUGAUGCCUGUGGAAUGACUCCUAUGUGGUAAAUUGAUGCACGAAAUGAAAAAAUAUCGACCAGUUUGGUCAAGUUUGAAAUUCACAAAUUCUGCUGGUUUCUUCCAAUUUGGCUGUAUUGACCUACAUUUUAUAGUUUAGUUGUCAGUUCAGUGCAACACCAAUGAAUGAAUAAAACCCCAAAUGAUAGAUGAUAUUGUUUUACAGUUUUAUUUUGUCGAUCAUUCCAAUAACUGUGAUGGAGGUUUUAGAUUGCCAUCACUUGAAUUAGCAAGAGAGAUAUAUAACAAACACAUUACACGUCUUUAAGUCAGGGUAGACCUUAAAGAUAUUUCAUCUCAGCUCCAUAAAGAACAAUAAAAAACCUCAUCUCGCUCAUUAAUAUAGACAGGUGCACAAGAAGGGGGUAAAUUGCUCUCUCUCGUAAUUCCGCAAAAUUCUUUCUGCAGUGUGCAGUACAUUCUGUAUGGAUCAUUCGGGGCUCUGCAUUCAUGCAUAACAGACUUGGAAUGUUCGGCAUUCCAAACAUUUCAUGGGUACCAGUUAUCUAUAAUGAUCGCUGGCUGGCUGAAGAUGUGGAGUUCUCAUAAAACAUUACAAUCUAGAACCACUUAGAGCAAUUAGAAAGUGAAUAGGGGAUUAGAGCUGCUUGCUGAGGUAGAAAAGGAUAAAUCACAGGAGAGCAUACAUCAAGAUGAGAAAUGUACGUAAUGUGUUAUAGAGUUUUUGAUGACCCUAUGGGAUAUAUAUGUAUGAAGAAUUAUUCUGGGGCAAAGUUGUAAAAAUCGAGCAAUCCCUGUGGAAACCGACGGAAUGUUCCCGCUGAUUAAUCAACAAUUAGAACUUAAUCCCAGAUUUGCCCUUUAUAAAGAACACGGCGGGAGUUGAUGGAUGUAGAUUUUGUUUAUUCUCCUCCUAAUCCUGCAGUUUAGAGAAAAUCAGAGAGGCACUAACCCGUAAUCAUAGCUUUGUGGAUACAAAAACUAAUCAGAGACACACGUAAAACAAACCAUGCCUACUAAUAGACUUAAUGUCCUCCGUACUGCCUGCAAGCCUAAGUCCCUAUGUUUCUAUGUUUCUAUGUUUCUAUGUUUCUAUGUCCCUUACGUCCUUUACCAACGCACACACUCAGGGCACAAAAAUACUAUCAACCAUCUUUUUCAAACACCCACCUAUUCCUUGUGGGAGAAAGGAACUCAUUAUUAAGAAAUAUAAGGAACACUCACAGAAUGUGUUUAUUAAGGCUGUUCGCAAUGUACCUUGUUUCUUUACAUGUUAUGUUUUGGCAUCGUCAAUUACUUCUACACUGGAUAUUUCAGUUGCCACACAUCUAUAUCAUUAUUUUUGAUGAAUGUACAUUACACUGUGGCUUUCAUAGAUUUCAAUAAAAUUAAAAAUACAGAACAUAGGAAAAAAAAAAAAAAAAAACUAGUGUCAUCUAUUCAUGGUUGCUCCACAUGAUAUUAUGACGAUUACCAAGUACUGACAAACCAGUAUGACUGGCAACAUGGUUAACAAGAGCAAGAAUAUAUCUCUAAUGCUUCUUUCAUUCUUCUCCAUCUCGUUUCUGUCUCUUACUCUACUCUACUCUUCCUCUUCUCACCCUCCUUUCUUCCGGCUUCCCUCCCUCUCACCCCCACAGGCCUGGUGACAGAGUUAUGGUGAUGGAUGAUUCUAAUGAGGAUUGGUGGAAGGUAAGAAAUCAGACUUUACAAUCCCAGUGUAUAAGGCUGCCAGGUGAAGGCUGAAGAUGAAGACAGAAGAGGGGGAAGGGAUUAUUUACUGCCAAGGAGGGGGGAGAAGCAGGAAGAGAAGGAAAGAAGAAAACUAGAUUUUAUUGACAUCGCUUUAGUUUUACAGGCACGCUACUGUUCCCUCGUGCCCUUAUACCUGUUUGUCCUUUUUUUAUCCUUUAUAAAUGCCGCCUACAUUGCUGGAGAGUGGGAGACUACAUAAAGAAUAGAAACAGUGUGGAAAUGAUGGGGAUGUUCUACAAUAAAAAGAAAAUGAUGGUGGGAGGGAGAAGAUGGUUUUUCUUUUUUAUCUCUGUAUUUGCGUUGGGAUAUAAUUAUGAACUGAUCUUACGUUAUCACUGACCCUUCCACCCCCCCACCAUCCUUCUCCUUGCCAACCCAUCCAUGCACAUGGCAUUGUUGCUGAUUAUCAUGGCGUGACCUCAGAUCUACCCACACACAGGAGGGCACAAGCAGGCACAGAGGGAGGUCAUAGAAAGAUGAGAUGUUAUUGUUAACAAGUGGAAUGGGAAUAUAAUGAGAUCUGAGGGGGAGACAAAUGCAUUUUAGGGGGUGGUGGAGUUCAUAGAAACCAGAAGGAACGCGAUAGAGAUACAUUGUGAAGAAAGUUCUGAAUGUAGGGAAGAAAUUUCUAUUCUGUAGCAAAUCCACAUUUAGCAGAAAUGAGUUAAAGAUGGUCCUGCUCAUAUCUGAAUCUUAAUACAGAUCAGUAAAUCAAAGUUAGCAUGAACAUGCAGACGGAAAAAGACUAAUCGUGAUGGAAGGAGGGAUGUGCCAUUAUGAAGAAUUAAACUGUCUUCCCUGCCACCCAUUUAGAUAUCUGUCAGAACUGGUUAAUGGACGUAUUGAUCUGCUUUUGCCUAUUACGCAGUGCCAUCAUUACAAAUUUUAAAGGAAGCAGGCAAUCUGUAUUUACAGUAGAGAUGGGGAAAUAAAACAAAGAGUAUGAAGAAGAGAGGUCUCAUGGAGAACAGGGCAACAUAAGUGGGGCAAAGGGAGGGGAGUUCUAAACUUAACUGGCAAAUAUAGGAUGGGAAGGGGAAGACCCACUAAGAUCUCCUUAAUCUGUUAUGGUUGAUUUGGUUUAGAUAAAUAUUUAUGUUCAGUUAUUUUUUUGUAUUUUGUUUUUUAUAUUUUUAGUGGAAAUAUGGGUUUUGAAUUUAUGCAUAUUUAAUAAAUGUUUUAUUUUGUAAAAAUGUUUUAAGGUAAAUAAAUAUUCAGGAUGCACGUGUUAAUUAAAUGUGCUAUUAUUGCAAUAGACAACAGGAUUGGAAAUAUACAAUGGAGAAAAAAACAUCCACCCACUAAAAAAAUUAAAAAAAACAAAAAACUUUCAAGCUCACAGUGCAAAUAAAAAUAAAAAACAACAACAAUAGAUCAAAAAUAAAAUAUAACAAUGUUCUAUUUAAGAUAGAGGGCCAAUGUGUAAAAUAUAAUUUGUACUAAAAAAACUGCAAUUAGUAACUGGCCACAAUUUAACCUGUAGCAAGGAUGAGAGUGCUGAAUAUGUCUUGAGACGACCCUCUCAACCCCUUUCUCUUAUUUCUUUUUUACCUCUUCAACACAGGGAAAAUGUGGAGAUCGAACUGGGUUCUUCCCUGCAAACUUUGUGCAGAGAGUGCGACUCGGAGAAAGUGUGUGGAGGAGCACAAAGACCUUUCAAGGAGUCAAGGAGCAGGGUCAGCUAUGUCUCAAAGAGGGGCAGGUAGGCGACACACUGCGGAAUCCACAAUGCCAUAGAUCUAUCUUGCAUGAGUCUAAUUUUGACCAUGCGGGAGGCCAGAGUUUGAGGUGCCUGUCCUAGUUCCUUGUUUCAAUAUACACAGUGAAGCAUUUACUGGGGUAAGAUGGACAGCAUAGGAUAAAUAUGAAACACAUUUACCUCCUCAUCACUUUUGAUGCAGACAUUAUCCCAUGAUGCGCCAGACACACUCAUUUACAGGGUUUCUGCUUUAAAAGUGCCCUUACAGUGAUUGAGCGCUUGACACUAUGGCGGUAAAUGUAAUCUGCAUAUUAUGCCAAGGCUGUGCCUUAAGUACUAACUUACAGUGUGAAAAAAACCAAACAGUUAGCUAUUGGAUAGUGCAAAAAGCCACAUUUGAUAGUUCCCCAAUACAGUUCUCUAGACUAUAAGCCAGGGGUUCUCAAACUGUGGCCCUCCAGCUGUUGCUGAACUACAACUCCCAUGAUUCUUUGAAUUACAUAGAUAGCCAGAUAAUCAUGGGAGUUGUAGUUCAGCAACAUCUGGAGGGCCGGAGUUUGAGGACCCCUGCUAUGAGCUCAUUUGAGCAGGCUCCUCAUAAACCUAUUGUUCCUGUAACAUUUUGUAAUUGUCUUAUUUAUUGUUAAAUUUCCCCCCUUUUAUAAUAUUGCAAAACACUGUGGAAUAAGUUGGAUCUAUAUGAAUGCCCAAAAUAAUAUUAAUAAAGUUAAAUCAAGUCAAUCUAAAGUUAUUUUGUCCUUAAAGAUGCACACGAAGCACCAUAACCACUACAGCUACAGCUCAUUUUGCAGGUGAAUCUUUAUGUAAUCCUUUUACAUAAAACUGCGCGCAUACCAUUUCACACAAAAAAAACUGUGCUCUCUCAGGUGCCCCUCUGUAGCUGCUCAACUAAUGAAAAAUAUUCAUCACCCAUACAAAGUUGCCUAUGAUGACAUCAUUAUCGGAAUAACUGCACAUUGGUCGAGAUUUGGAUGCUAAGUUACAGUGGUUAUGGUGCUAUGAUUGCCCCCAUUUUUAUUCUCACUCCCACCUAUUUACAUUGAGAUUGACAUCUAAUUCCCCCCCCCCUCCCCUCCCACCAAGGAUAAAACAACCUCUGGCUCUCCAUUCGUACAAUACUUAUUCAUUGCUAUCUAGGUUGGCUGAGCAUUAUGAGAGUUAGAUUUUGCUGGCACUCAGUGCUAUACGUUACCUUUGAUUUUCUUUAAUAGAUAUCAGUAGAUAGCUACUGGUCUUUUAAUAUCUGCAUGCAUCUGCCCCCUCAUUUAAUUCCCCUCCAAAGAUCUGCAUUUUUCUCUCUCUCACCCUCCCCAACCAGAUCUGUGUCUCCUGUCUUAUUCAUGUCUUUCUCCUCAGAUCUGCGUGGGUGUUGGAAAGUCAGAGUCUGAUGGCUAUAUUAGAGUGGCCAGUGGAAAGAAGAAAGGCUUGGUACCCCAAGACUACUUGACAGAGAUCUGACUCUCUCUUGACAGAGAGUGACCCCCUCUCCUGGAAAAAGAGACACUAAGCCCUCUGAGGUUAACUGGGCUCAGAGAUUCAAAGAACCAUAUGUGAAAAGCAAUAAGGCACUCGGGCUUUACAGACAGAACAAGAGGUGGUAACAUUUGGAAAACCCAACUUGUUCCUGGGUGCCUUGUAACCUAGGCAACGUCAACAUAUUGGAACGCCUUUAAAUGCUGCACAAAGCCUCCUCUUCCUUGUAUAUACCUUUACGAAUAUAUAAUAACAUGUAUUUUGCAAUAUGUCCACCAGGUGUCUGUGACAACAUCACUCAGGGCCAACUCUUCAGGGAAAGCCGCUCAGUGACCUCAUACCAGGGCUGCUAUGUCACCAGCACCAGCCCUUGAUUAACCCUAUCCUAUAAAACAAUAAUGCUCAUUUAGUGUUACAGAACUUAAACCUCCAUCUUAGGAGUUGGGUUACCGUCACAGUCACCAGCCAUUACAUCACAUUGUUUGCCAUGCACAAAUAAUAUGGCUAUUAUAAUAUAUAUCGAUAUAUCUUAAGGUUAAGGCCAAUCAGAUAUGCAGAGCACAGUGUACAGGGCUGCAUUAAAAUGCAAGUCAUUAUGGGUGAUUACUCAUGUAUAAGUAUUAUUACGUGUAAAUCUGAUUACCUUAAAAAGUGGGUAGUGGACAUUGAAACGGCCGGGGAGGGUGAUAAAAAAAACCCCAAAAAAACUGACGGAGUAUUAUAAAAUAACUCAAAUUAAAUGCGUCGGUAUAAAAACUAACACUUUCUCCAGUGCAGCCAUUUUGAUUCAUUUGGCUAUUACUGUAAUCAUUCUGUUGUGUAUAGAUAGUUUUAUUAGAGAAUGGGAGGAAACCAUGCGAUAGAUUGGAAAGGGAAUAUACAGACUGGAUCAUCAACUAAAGUGAGGAUUGCCAGAAUUUUAAGAAAGUUCGAGUAAAAUAGCAAAUUAAAGGGUUACUCCAGGCGCAAUAACCACUUCAGUGAUUUGAAGUGGUUAUGGUGACCGGAGUCUGUAUGUGCAGCUUUUUUCGAUAUGAAACAUUGCACAUAGUGGAGUUUUACCCCUGUGGUCCUGUAGGUGUAACUCCAACUCCAGCAGUGCCAUUGGGGUAUCAUUAGCCAGCCCAAAACAAGAGUUCUAAUGCCAAUUCUGUGUAUAUUAACAUACAUAGAAUUGCGUUCUUUGAAUGAAUUGGCCGUCAGGAUAGACUUCCAGCUUCUGCAGAAGCAUGGUGUCAUGAACGGCUAGAGAGGAGUCCAGCGGUGACCCAUUGCAAAACUGUAUUCACCUUUAUCAAGAAACAGAGCCAGGGUACUCCUGGCACCAUAACCACUACAGCGUGCUUGGCGUAACCCUUUAACAAUACAUGUUAUACAAUACAUGUAAAAUAGUGAGGGUAAUAUACCAGCAGUGUGAGAGUAGGGUCGGUAAUAAACUAAAAUGCAAUUAAAUAGAAUUUCAUUGCAGAGUGAGAGAAGAGGGUGGAACGAUUCUGAAUUUACCAAUAAUGACAUUUCCUCACUUCGAUCUUGCAUCUUAAUUUACCUUGUUGCCUGACUCACCAUAAUACAUAUCUCACUAUAGAUAUAGAUAUAUAUAUACACACACACGUACUUAAAAAUAAUCUGUGUAUAUGUCCACCCCCACAUUUCAGCAAGCACACCAUUCUAGAUGACACAUAAAAAGGAUUAAUCAUUGCUCAACCAUACCAUGCAGAGCCGUAUACUGUAAGAUUUUGGCAGUGAAGUCAGUUACACCAUUUCAUUUUUAACCAAUUAAGUGCAUGUCUUGUCUUCCUCUCCCGCCAACUUUCUCUCCCAAAAUAAGCUAUCUCUACUGUUAUCAUUUCUUCGCCAUAUUCUUGUUUCUUCCCUCUUUUUUUUACGUGUCCCACUACUACAUUUUUUCUCAUGCUGAUACUUCUCCUGGCAAUGCCAGUCUCUCCUUAAAUUUCCGUACUUGCUGAUCUCCCUCUGCCACUUUUCCGCUCUCCUUUUUCUCCCCUCCUUGCUCUCUCUCAAUCCGCUCUGCUGCUCAUAUUCAUUCCGCUCCAUUUCUCAGUCUUGUCCUCAGGGCCCGUUCUGCUUUUUAAUGGUAUGUUUUAUUCUGCCCGCACUGCACUGUUUAGCAGCACCAAGUAUAUUUACCCCUUCUCCAGUCUUCCUUCGUAGCUGUACUCCUGAGUAUCACUGCCGACCACUCCUUCCAGAGGAACAGACAGCAGUGAGAAGUUAUCUGUGCGGUGGAGACUUUGCGUAGACUCGUUAUUACUGUAACCUAAUGCAUGGGAUUGAAAUUAUGUUUCCUAAAGAGCAAUAACUAUCUCAGUAUGGGCAAUAAUCUGUUCAAUAACCUUACUAGUCACCUUGGACGCUGUAACAAUAAAGUGUUAAUGCCCCAUA